GUAGACAACGCCCCACGAUCGCUCCUGCGCCCCUUUGGACAGCUGUCGCGAUAUAAUUAUAACAAAGCUUUACUCUCUUUCAAUAGCAGGCACCUUGAAGUUCUGCGCAACGCGUCUAAUUCUCUAAAAAUGCGCGGCUCCUCCAUCUUCCGCUACUUAGCGGCCUCCGCGUCCAUCGCCGCCACCGCCUCCGCCGGGAACACAAACUCGCUUGCCCAAUUUGCGCUGCAGAAGGUCCUGCAGGACGGCCGCGAAGUAUUCGGCGAUUACGCCGCUGCACAUCCUUCGGAAAAGAGGUACACGGAUUGGAUGGCCGCACUGCCGGACUCGACGCUCCUCUCGCAUAUUAAUAUCCCCGGGACCCACGACGCCGCGACCUGGAAUUACACACAAGAUACGCAGGACGCGCUCACCUACGCUACCCGCUGCGAUGGCACGACUGCGAACCCUGCGGUUGUGUAUCGCUGUCAACGGGAGAGCAUUGCGCAGGCUUUGGAUAAGGGCGUUAGGUUCUUCGAUCUGAGGUUUGCGGCGGAUCCGCUGGGCAAGAGACUCGUGUUUUGGCACUCCGCGGCGCUGAUGAGUGCGCGUGCCAGCGUUGAGGAUGUGCUUUUUGGGGUGUGGGAUUGGCUUGCGCUGCAUGGUGGGGAGACGGUGUUGUUGAGUUUUCAGCAUGAGAUUGGGACUGUUGCGAAUGCGAGCUUCGAUGCGGAGGUUCAGCGGAUGAUGAAGGAUGCGCUGACGGGAAAUGGGAAGGACGGGCUGCUUUGGCAGGGGAGGGGGUAUGUGCCCACGCUUGGGGAGACGAGGGGGAAGGUUGUGCUGGUUAAGAGGUUUGAUAUGGAUGGUGAUGAUGUUGGGGAUGGGGUGUUGCCCGGGUUGCAUAUGGGCCCGGCGAAGUGGAUUGAUAAUGAUCCGUCUGGGUUCGCGCUCGUGUUUAAUGCGUCGACUAAUGCGACGGCGUUUAUUGAGGAUUACUACGAGCCGGAUGUUCUGGGCGAGAAUUCGACUGUGGUUAGUAAUAUCGAUGCGAAGAUGGCGGCUGUUGAGGCGCAUUUUAAGAAGGCGGUUGCGGAGGAGGAGAGGGAUAGCUUGUUUAUUACGUUUACGUCGGCUGAACACAAUUCUAAUACCCCGUCUGUGGUCCCUGAGACUAUGGCGCUGGGGAAUGGGACGGAGGUCACGCCUGAUGGGGGUGUGAAUCACCAGUUGGUGGAUGUGUUGAAGGGGUUGAAGGGGCAGAGGUUGGGGGUUGUGGUGUUGGAUUUCUUCGAUGAGCCGGAGGACUUGGUUGCGCUUGUUUUGGGCCAGCAGGUUUGAGGCGGGUUAUGAUAUAUAAUAUAUAGACUUCAUAAUGAGAGUCGAGGUGGAUUAGUUGGGUACAGAUCAUGUUUUGUUCUGUAUUUGGUUAACACUACUAUUUCUGACAGAUUGUCUUCAGUUGGAUAGACCUUGGUUUUUGUGCUAGUCUUUAUAACGGUUCACUGCGAUUUCUAGGUAGUUUAUAUGUUGGACGGAUGGCUAAGAUUUAUCACGAGAUGAUAUCUAGGAGGUGAACGUGAAGGUAAUUAUGUCAUACUGGUAGGCUGUCUAUAACAGCUAUCUUGCCUGACAUGACACUGGACGUACAAGCAUCGUGUAUUUUAUAAAAAAAAGGAUGUAAAAGCUCGACGCCAAAAAAUCUCUUUUCAUUAUCAUACAAGCGAUGAUUCUCACGGAGGAAACCAAGCUAUC